AUGGAGAGCGUCAGCCUCCAGCGACCCGCCUGCAAAUGGCAAGUACUGAGUUUGUUUUUGCUCUGCGGCUGGGGCUGCGUCUGCGGGCAGAUCCGCUACUCGGUGGUUGAGGAGUCGGAGGUGGGAACUGUGGUGGGGAACGUGGCCUGGGACCUGGGCUUGAAGCUGGAGGAGCUGCCGGGUCGCAGGCUGCGCCUGGGCUCAGAGGAGAGCCUGCGCCACUUUGCCGUGCACCUGGACAGCGGCACACUGGUAGUGAGCCAGCAGCUGGACCGGGAGCGUCUGUGCGGAGCGGCUGCCAGCUGUGUGCUGUCGGUGCAGGUGGUAACAGAGAACCCCCUGCAGCUCUUCCGCCUGGAAGUGGAGAUCCUGGACCUGAAUGACAACUCUCCGAGCUUCCCCACUGCUCACCGCACCCUGCGCAUCGCCGAGUCUGCCACAGUGGCUGCGCGCUUCCCCCUGGAGAGCGCGCAGGACCCCGAUGUGGGCACCAAUGCCGUGGGCUCCUACCAGCUGAGCCCCAACUCCCACUUCUCCCUGGACGUCAAGCAGCAGCAGGAUGGCAAGCUCUUCCCGGAGCUGGUGCUGGAGCAUGCCCUGGACCGGGAAGAGCAGCCAGAACUGCAGCUGGUGCUGACGGCCGUGGAUGGGGGAAGCCCAGCCCGCUCGGGCACAGCACAGAUAACGGUCCUGGUCCUGGAUGUCAAUGACAACGUGCCCACCUUUGACCGCGCCACGUACAAGGUGCAAGUCCCGGAAAACUCACCCGUGGGGGCCCUGCUCCUCCGGCUCAAUGCAUCUGACCCUGAUGAGGGCCCCAAUGGGGAGACGCAGUACUCCUUCGGGGUUCACACCUCCGACUCGGUCCGAAGGCACUUUGCCCUGGAUCCCCGCAGUGGCGAGGUCCGGGUGAGUGGGGCCUUGGACUUCGAGGAAUCAUCUUUCUAUGAGAUCUACGUGCGAGCCCAUGACAGAGGGGUCCCAGAGAUGGAGGGCCACUGCAUACUGCAGGUGGAAGUGGAGGACGCCAAUGACAACCCCCCAGAGGUGCUGCUCACCUCCCUGCUGAAUCCAGUGCCAGAAGACACUCCACCAGAGACUGUUGUGGGGCUUUUCAAUGUACGGGAUCGAGACUCAGGGACCAAUGGGGAUGUGAGCUUGGAGAUCUCCCCCGAUGUGCCUUUCACCAUCAGGUCCCUUCAGAACCACUUCUCCCUGGUCACCCGGGAGAGCCUGGACCGAGAGUCCACCUCACAGUACGUAGUAGAACUGAUUGCCCAGGAUGGCGGGUCUCCCGCCCUCACCAUGACACUCACGCUGCUCCUCAACAUAUCUGACGUGAAUGACAACCCCCCACACUUCUUGCAACCCUUCUACGAUGCCUUCCUCCCGGAGAACAACCCACCUGGCUCCCUGCUGUGCACUGUCUCUGCCUCGGAUCCCGAUGAUGGGGAUAAUUCCCGUCUUGUUUACUCCAUAGAGAGUGGCCAAGUGCAGGGUGCCCCCACCUCUUCCUUCGUCCACAUCAACCCUGACAAUGGCAACCUCUAUGCUCAGCGCACCUUUGACUUUGAGCUGCUGCAGGUUCUGCCAGUCUCUGUGGCUGUGCGGGACUCGGGGUCCCCUCCGCUCCAUGCCAACGUUACUGUCUACAUCUUCGUGCUGGACCAGAAUGACCACCCCCCCACCAUCCUGCAACCUGCCAGUGACAGUGACAUCCUGGCACCCCAGAGAGUCCCGCUGUCUGCCCCACCGGGCUACCUGGUCACCAAGGUGACAGCAGUGGAUGCAGAUGCUGGGCACAAUGCCUGGCUCUCAUACCGACUGCUGCCGCAGUCCACCGACCCCUCCUUGUUUCACGUGUCGCUGUACACUGGGGAGGUGCGGACGGCGCGUGCCCUCCAGGACACCGACGUGGCAGCGCAGCAGCUCAUUGUCCAGGUGACGGACAAUGGCAACCCACCGCUCUCCACCACUGUCACCAUCACCGUGGCCCUGGAGGAGGGAGCCCUGGAGGAGACCUACAAGCCUCGGGAUUUCCUGGCUAGUGUCAAGGAGAAGCCGGACCUGACCCUCUACCUGAUUAUCGCGCUGGCAGCCGUUAGCACUGUGGCGCUCGCCACCGUCACCCUCCUGGCUGCUCGGUGCCUCUGGCGCAGAGGCCGUGCCGCCGACUCGCCCUGCUGCUGCUGCUGGCUCAGUGAGUCACCCUCCCGGGACUUCUUCAAGCACUCCAGCCCCAAGCUCCAGCUCAGCUCCGACGGCACCCUUAAGUACAUGGAGGUCACCCUGAGACCCACCGACUCCCAGUCCCAGUGCUACAGCACCUGCUUCUCCCCCGGCUCCGACCGGAGCGACUUCACCUUCCUGCGGCCUUGCCCGCCCCCCGCGACCCUACCGAGGGAAACCGGGGCUUUCCUCCCCGCUACCGGUACGCUGCGGGACCCCGGCCAGGAGAGCGGCGAUUGGAGGAGCGGCGCGGAGCUCGGAACCAAUGGCGAGGCGGCUGCGCGGAGCCCCGGCGUCCCCCGCCCUCGUCCAACCGCGUCCGCCCCAAACAAUGAAUGGGAGCGGCGAGCGCUGAGCGCGGCCUCGGAGCGCGGAGGGCAUCGCUCCCCGGCCGCCCACCCGGCAAGGAUGCCGAGGGCAGGGAAGGCGGGCCGGUCCCUGGGACUGCCGCGUGUCUUCUCUUUCUGUUUCUUCUUGCACAGCUCCUCUGCUCAGAUCCGGUACAGCAUCCCCGAGGAGCUCACCCGGGGUGCCUUCGUGGGCAAUAUUGCGAAGGACCUGGGCACCGAUGUGGCGAAACUGGCGGCAGCUAACUUGCAGGUACUGUCCGAUUCGGAUUCCCAGUACUUCUCGGUCAAUGUGAACACCGGCGUUAUAAUGGUCAGCGAGCGGAUAGACCGGGAGCAGCUCUGUGGGCAGAAUGCCCGCUGCUUCCUCCACCUGAAACUUGCCAUCGAGAACCCAGUGGAGUUUUACCGCAUCGAGGUAGAGAUCCUGGAUAUCAAUGACAACCCCCCGGAGUUCCCCAGUGAUGAGGUUUCCUUGAGCAUCUAUGAGCUGGCAUCCCUUGGUGCCCGCUUCCCCAUCCAGCCUGCCCAGGACUCUGACGUGGGCACCAACACCUUGCAGACCUAUCACCUGAGUGCCAAUGAGAACUUCAACCUCAAUGUGAAGGCACACACAGAUGGUGGGAAGUUCCCUGAGCUGGUGCUGGAGAGGGCCCUGGACCGGGAACUCAGAGCUUUCCACCACCUGGUCCUGACCGCUGAAGAUGGGGGCUCUCCCCCCCAGUCCAGCAAGACACACAUCACUAUUCAGGUCCUGGAUGCCAAUGACAACCACCCAGUCUUUGACAGACCGUCAUAUGGAGCCCGCUUGGUGGAGAACUCGCCACUGGGCACCCUCGUGGUGAAGUUAAAUGCCACCGAUGUGGAUGAAGGGCCCAACGGAGACAUCCGCUACUCCCUCAGCAGCCACAAUUCAGCUGCCUUACGCCAGAUCUUUGUCAUCGAUGAGCAAACUGGGGAGAUUCGUGUCCAGGGCAACCUGGACUUCGAGGAGGCAACAGUGUAUGAGAUUGAAGUGGAGGCCAAGGACAUGGGAUCACCCACAAUGGAGGAGCACUGCAGCGUGGUGGUGGAAAUCACUGAUGUGAACGACAAUGCCCCUGAGGUUAUUCUUACCUCCUUCUCCAGCUCCCUGAGUGAGGAUGCACCUCCGGGCACAGUGGUGGCCGUGAUACACGUCAGAGACAGGGACUCUGGUGAGCAGGGCAAGGUCCAGUGUCAUGUGUCUCCAGAUCUUCCCUUCCAGCUGCGUAAGGACUAUGAGCACCAGUACUCGCUGCUAACCAGCACCCAUUUGGACCGGGAACACGUUGCCUACUACAACGUCACCGUCUCUGCCUCGGACCUGGGCAGUCCCCCGCUCUCCCACCACACUAUCUUGCCAAUCGCCCUCGCAGAUGUCAAUGACAACGCGCCUCAGUUUGAGCAAGCGUCCUAUGAAGUGCUGGUGGCAGAAAACAACCCGGUGGGCAGCGUGCUGGUUACAGUCUCUGCUGCCGACCCUGACUCGGAGCAGAAUUCCCGCCUCUCCUACUCCAUCCUGCGAGCUGGUGGGACAGAUCCAGGCCUGGAUCCGACUCGCUACCUCUCCAUACAUCCCACAAGUGGGCAGGUCUCUGCCAAACUCCCCUUUGACUAUGAGCAAACCUCCUAUCUCCAGUUCCACGUGGAGGUCUCUGAUGGCGGCUCCCCGGCCCUGAGGAACAGGACACUGGUUCACAUUUUUAUAGUGGACCAGAACGAUAAUGCCCCACGGGUGCAUUUCCCCAGAGCCGGGGAGGACUCCGCUACCCAGUUCCGAAUCUCCCCAUCCACUGCCCCUCCUGCUCUCAUCACCAAGGUGGUGGCAAUAGAUGCGGACUCGGGACGCAAUGCCUGGCUCUCCUACCACCUCGUGGAAGCCACAGACCCAGGGCUUUUCAGCGUGGCUCUGCGUUCUGGAGAGAUCCGGAUCACACGGGCCCUGCAGGAGACGGAUGCCUCUGCACAUGAACUGCUGGUUGUGAUCCGGGACGCUGGGGAGCCCCCACUCUCCACAGCCGUCACAUUGGUGGUGCUGGUGGAGGAGAAGGGCCCAGAGGCCUUGCAGGGCUCCGAGGCUCGGGCCGCUGACGGUGGGGGCUUACCCACGAUUACACUUUAUCUUAUUGUGUCCCUAGUGCUCAUCUCCACUGUCUCACUGGUGGGACUGGCAGCACUGGGCGUGCGGUGCCUCCGGCGGGGCUCUGCACCUGCCAACCAGGGCUGCUGUGUGGAGAGCGUGAACACGCUUCAGCCCCCUCCCAGCCACAUUUUUGGGCACUUGCACUAUGAGCCUAAGCAAGGGGACACGGUGAUGGGCGUCCAGGUGACGGCCACGGCACCCCCUGCCCCGCGUUACCGUUCCUGCUUUUCGCCGGUCUCGGACAUCAGCGAGUUCAUGUUUGUGAAACCCUCCGCGGGUCCAGCCGGUGCCAACCCGCCGGAUCCCACCCUGUGCAGCGAGGUGAGCUCGGGAGCGUGUUCCCCAGCCUAA